AUGGCAGGACAAAACCUCCGCUUGUCUGGUCUUCAUUGCAAGAUGGCGGACAGAAGUAAAGUUUCUUCUGCGCGGGAAGCGAUGGAAACAUUGACAGAAAUCUCGAAGCUUUUGAACACUGGACUGGAUUCAGAGACCUUAGCCAUCUGUGUAAAGCUAUGUGAAGCAGGCGUAAAUCCAGAAGCUUUAGCAUCUGUYGUACAGGAACUGAGACGUGAGACUGCAGCCUUACAAAAUGCAGAUGAAGAAGAACAACGGAAAUAACAGAACCAGUAAUAAUUGUCUGUGUUUUGUAUAUUACUUUGCCAGUCAUUGUAACUUCAUAGUGAGAAAUAGCUUUUAUAUAGUAUUACCAUUCAAUCUUAUAUUGCAUCUUGUAAAUAAAGGUUUGUAAAUAUAAAUACAAUACAACAACAGGUAAAA